GUCAAGAAGAUCUUCGACCCGUUCGCGGACCGGACGGACGCCAAGCGGCUGCUGCGGGAGGUGCGGCUGCUGCGCGUGCUCCGCCACCCCAACGUCCUGCAGCUGCUCGACAUGCUGCCCUCGCCGUCCCUCUCCUGCAGCAACUGGCGCGACGUCUACCUGGUGACGCGGCUGUACGACACCAACCUCCACCGCGUGAUCUACAGCGGCCAGCCGCUCUCGGACGAGCACGUGCAGUACAUCCUCUGGCAGGCGCAAUCUCCCCCAUAUCUCCGCCAUAUCUCCCCAUAUCUCCGCCAUAUCUCCGCCAUCUCUCACCAUUGUCUAGGCGUGGUGCACCGCGACAUGAAGCCAACCAACAUCCUGCUCAACCGCGACUGCGAGCUCGCCCUCGCCGACCUCGGCCUCGCGCGCUACAUUGGCGCCGCCGCUGCCUGCGGCGCCGCCCCGCCCUCCCGCCGCUCUUCGGACGGCAGCAUGCAGCCACCGCCGGGCGGCACUGGCGCGGGGCUCGGCUCGCUGACCAAGUACGUGGUCACGCGCUGGUACCGCGCGCCCGAGCUGCUCGUCCAGAACCAGAGGUACGACGCGGCGGUCGACAUGUGGACUCGCUGCACCGCCUCACCCCCCGAGAUUGGCCGAGAUGACCCGAGAUUGCCCGAGACUGCAGGCAAGGACUCGCUGCACCAGCUCAAGCUCAUCAUCGAGCGGCUCGGCGCGCCGUCCGCCGCCGAGCUCGCCCUCAUCGAGAAUGAGCAGGCCGUGCGCUACGUGGCGUCGCUGCGGCCUCGCGCAACCGAGCCAGCGACCGCCGCCACCUACGGGUCCCUCUUCCCGUUGGCGAACCCGCAGCUCCUCGACCUGAUCCACCAGCUGCUCCAGUUCGACCCGCGCCGCCGCCCGACCGCCGCAGAGGCGCCGCGCCACCCGCACCUC